AGGAGUGUAAUAAGAAGGAAGGAGAAUAAUAAGGAAGGAGUGUAAUAAGAAGGAAGGAGUGUAAUAAGGAAGGAGUGUAACAAGAAGGAGUGUAAUAAUGAGUGUAAUAAGGAAGGAGUGUAAUAAGAAGGAGUGUAAUAAGGAAGGAGUGUAAUAAGAAGGAGUGUAAUAAGGAAGGAGUGUAAUAAGGAAGUAUUGUAAUAAGAAUGAGUGUAAUAAUAAGGAAGAAGUGUAAGAAGGAGGGAGAAGAAGGAGUGUAAUAAGGAAGGAGUGUAAUAAGAAGGAGUGAAAUAAGAAGGUGUGUAAGAACGAAGGAGAUGCACAUCAGAGUGAUUUCAAAUGUGGAAAAUAAUCGGAUAACCAUUCCACUCACCUCCUCCUCAACAACAGAUGCUGAUUUAUAAUUAAGGGUUGUUAACAAAACUGUGUGUGUGUGUGUGUGUGUGUGUGUGUGUGUGUGUGUGUGUGUGUGUGUGUGUGUGUGUGUGUGUGUGUGUGUGUGUGUGUGUGUGCGUGCGUGCGUGCGUGCGUGCGUGUGUGUGUGUGUGUGUGUGUGUGAGUGCGUGCUUGUGUGCAUGCGUGUGUAAUGUGAGCUCUGUUGUGUUCAGCCAGUGAACAGGUGCAGAGUGGGAGUUAGAUUCGACCUCUGGGAGGACAGCUGCCUCUCUAUGGACCAUGAUCCUCUCUGCUCCUGAUUUAAGCAUCCUUUACAAUCAAAUAAUCCAUGCCGAUGGAUACACACUGUAUGUCAACUGCUGGCUUACACUCUCUCUCCCUCUCCCCCUUGUUCUCUCCCUCAACUUUAGAAGCAAAUGGCCUGUCUCUUUUGAGAUGCGGUCCUAUUUCCUGCUUAUCACACGUAUCCUGAACAUGCUGUGUAAUGGAAUCAACAGACCAAGGUGGGAAGGACUGCAAUUAGAAUAGUUGCGUCAGUGGUUGUGAGGUUACACAUGUCUUUCAAACAUCAGAGAAACAUCCUAUCACAACUGUAACUCUGCUAAGCCUGAAUCAUAUCAGAUCUCCUGAUUGUACACCAAUCACACAGCUAGAGAAUAAUAAUACAUAUUAAGGCUGUCAUGGUGACAUUUUUAUCACACACAUACACAUACCCAGACACACACAACACUUUCAUCAUACAGAAUGCACAAAAUUCAGUGAGAAAAAUAACUGUAACGUUUCAAAUAGAUCCAUGUAAUUGAAGAUAAUCAGAUUCACAGAAAUGGUCUCCUUGAAGAACAUGGAAAGACAAAAAAGAAAACCAAGGACUCCAAAGAGGUGGACAUUUGUUCACUGUUAUAAACACAAUAAGGAGUGUUGACCAUAUCUGUCACAGGCUACACACAAACACACAGCUUGGAGAAAGAACAGACAGUAACAGCAGGAUCUUCUGGAGAAGAGAACACACUAAUAACAGGGCUUCAGACAGGUGAGAGAGAAGAGGGGGAGAAGAGAGACAGAGAGCAAGGGAAUGAGAGACAUACAGUGGAGAUAAAGGAGAGAAGGAAAGUGGAAAGUGACAAGUGAGAGUACAAUUUUAAACAAAAAGCUAAUAAAGAGUGAGAAAUAAGGGUCAGAGGGGAAAGGAAAGAGAGAGAAGGAGAUAAAAGAAGAGGGAGAAACUAGAGUCUGGAUAAACUUUGGCUGAGGUCCAUAAUAAUGCUGCAGGAGAAGGGCGGUCGGGAAGAAGUGGAGGGGGACAGGGAGAGAGGGAGGAGAGGAGAUGAGAGGUGGUGGGCUGCACUGUGCGGUUCAGUGCUGUGUGGCGCGUGGAGAAGGAGUAUUUCUUGGAGCAGAGCAGGGGAGAGGCUGACCCUGAGAUACACCCUGCAGGCUGCACUUCAGCUGUCAGAGAGAGAGACUGCGAGAGAGAGCGAAAUUGAGGCGAGAUAGGAGAGAGACUGAGAGAGAGAGAGAGAGAUUGAGGAGUGAUAGGAGAGAGAGAGAGAAAGAGAGAAGGGGAGUGAAAGAGAGAGAGACAGAGUGGGGAAAGAGAGAGGAAGAGAGAGAGGUUUCUUCUCAUUAGCAGGAGUCAAUCGUCAAAUUAAUGAAUUAAUGAAUGGCACACACACACGGGUAUGUAUCCUCUGCUCUGAGGAGUGGAAGCAGUACACAUUAGUGAGCACAGUUGUUUGGAUCCUCCUUGCCUGAUCAGAGGGGGGAAAGAGAGAGAACACAAGAGAAACAUCACAAGAGAGACAGAGAGAAAGAGAGAGAGUCUCCCUCUGCCUCUCCUGCUUCCCCUGGGCUAGUGGCCAGACACUGACUCUGUUGGAUCCUGGAAGAACACAAGCUGGGGAUACCACAAUGCUGCCUUAGACAGAAUGACAGAACACACAGCAGCACUUUGGAAGGACUAUCAGCAGAAUUUAUUUUUCUUCAUUUGUUCAGACAUAAAGAAGAUACAACAUCCCUGCCAGGCUGCCACAAGAACGACAGUCAGUCGGACAGACGGACAGAGAGCAGCAGUGGUUAUGCAGCACGGGCUGUAACAGCUGGAGUACUCUCUCUUGCCUGAAGCAAUUGGUUUUAGGAGCUAAGUUCCUCACUACCUCUCAAUCAUUGAAUCAUAGUUCUGUAGGAUCUCCUCUCAUAAAGAUAGACACAAUACUGCAGUAGUCCCUACAGACUGAGACAGAACAGUACAGCUCCACUUGGAGAUCAGUAGAACGAAACCGUGGAUUCUUCCCUCUCCGAGGGCUGAGAAACCUGCAAUACCUGUGGUCAGAGACUGGAUUGCUGCCUUUUCCUAUGGAGGACAGAUUGAUGAUGAUACUGUAUAUCUGAUUCAUUAUAACAUACUCUGGUCAUAGAGCCUGGACUCUCCCAGGUGGAUAUUUCCUACACUUCCCUUGGACUUAAGUAGUGAUUCACACUGGAUUGGCUUACUCCCUGUUCGGUGUGUUUGUGUCAGGAUGGAGUGUGUGAAGAAUGUGUCUCUGAUUCUGAGUGUUUUCCUGUUGAGCUCAGCACACUCAGCCCAGAGCGUCUACCCCAGAAUACGACUCUCCCAUAAAGAGUUAUGGGAUCUGAACAGGACGUGGGUGUUUCAGGGACCAGGUCCCUCCCUGCAGCCCCAGACCAUGCUGUUGGACGAGGCCCAUGAAAGGCUGUACGUAGGGGCUAAAAACAUCAUGUACUCCCUCAGCCUGGAGAGAGUUAACCACCAACACAGAGAGAUCGACUGGGCCAGCUCUGUGUCGCAGGUAGAAGAUUGUCUGAUGAAAGGCAGAGAGAAGCCAGAGUGUGCUAACUACAUCAAGGUGCUGCAUCGGUAUAACACCACCCACCUGUUGGCAUGCGGAACAGGAGCAUUUAAUCCUCACUGUGCCAAAAUCAGGGUGGGACACACAGGACAGGUCAGGCAGUUUGAGCUGGAGGAGCAGAGUAUAGAGAGCGGCAGAGGGAGAUGUCCCUACGACCACAACAGCCCCGUUACAUCCACCCUGGACAGAGGAGAGCUGUAUAUUGGCCUGUACACAGACUACUGGGAGAAUGACGCAGCUCUGUGUCGACUGAACAACCAGAGCUACACACGCACUGAGAGAGACGACAGACAACAGCUCAAUGAGCCGAAGUUUAUUGGGUCGGUGGUGAUUCCUGAUAACAAUGACAGGGAUGAUGACAAGGUCUACUUCUUCUUCACGGAGAGAGGGACGGACGCAGAGGGGGUUAACAAGGCUGUUUACACCAGGGUGGGACGGGUCUGUGCGAAUGAUCAGGGAGGUCAGAGGAUGUUGGUGAAUCGUUGGAGCUCCUUCCUAAAGACUCGUCUCAUCUGCUCUGUGGCUGGACCCAAUGGCAUCGACACACACUUUGACGAGCUAGAGGAUGUAUUUGUGUUGAAGAACAAGGAUGAGAAGAAUCCAGAGAUUUUUGGCCUCUUCAGCACUACAAGUGCUGUGUUCCAGGGCUAUGCGGUGUGUGUGUACCACAUGGAUGAUGUGCGAGCAGCGUUCAAUGGCCAGUUUGCCCACCGGGAGAGACCAGAGCACCACUGGACCCCCUACGAAGGCCGGGUCCCCUACCCACGCCCCGGAUCUUGUGCCAGUGAGGUGAAUGGUGGUGGGUUCUCAGGUUCUAAGGAGUUCCCUGAUGAGGUUCUGCGAUUCGUGCGUUCCCACCCGGUCAUGUUUAGCCCGGUCCUCCCCCUCCACCGCAGACCAGUUCUACUGCAGACAGAGCCAGGGGGGAGGAGACUAACUCAGAUCGCUGUGGACCGUGUCCAGGCCCAGGAUGGACACUAUCAUGUUCUGUAUAUAGGAACAGGCGACUCUGUGGUGUUGAAGGUUAUCACCAUCUACAACAAAGACACAGACACCAUAGAGGAAGUGCUGCUGGAGGAACUGCAGGUGUUCAAGGUCCCUUUUCCAAUAACUGAGAUCAUCAUAUCAGCUAAACGGCAACAGCUAUAUGUGGGUUCUGAGGUUGGUGUGGCUCAGGUGAGGCUCCAUCAGUGUGACCUGUACGGGUCUGAGUGUGCCGACUGUUGCCUAGCGAGGGACCCUUACUGCGCCUGGGAUGGAAUUACCUGCUCACGAUACUACCCUGCUGGGGUUUACACUAAGAGUAGACGAUUCAGGAGACAGGAUGUUCGCCAUGGCAACGCUGUACAGCUGUGCAACGGGCUACAGAUUGAUGUAGGGGAGCAGUACCAGGGUGCAGGGGAGAUGCAGGUGUAUGGGGUAGAGAGUAACAGUACUCUACUAGAGUGUACCCCUCGUUCUCUACAGGCCAGAGUCAUGUGGUACAUACAGAGGGACCCAGACAGAGAGGAGGUCGGAGGUGAUGAGCGUGUAGUUAUGACAACCCACGGGCUGCUGUUCCUGCGUGUUCGGAGCGGGGAUGCUGGUGUGUACGUGUGUCAGACGGUGGAACAUGGCUAUGUCCACACCCUACUGAGGGUCACGCUACACGUGUUGGGAGGGCAGAAGGUUGGGGCCCUGAUACACAAGACAGGGGAGGAGGGAGAGGGGGAGAAAAAAGAAACCUGUCACCUCCCUAUAGAUACCUCUCCAGACCCCCACCCUGGUUCCAACUCUGACCCAAGUUCCAGGCUACAAGGAGCCCUGCCAGGGUUAUCCUUAGCCCAAGCCCCAACUCCAGGCCCUACCUCCAGGCUGCCAGGCCCUGGUACUACAUCCAGGCUGCCAGCCCCAGGACCAGGCCCUUCCUCACAGCUGUGGUACAAGGAGUUUCUCCAGCUGAUAGGCUAUGGGGACUCCCAGAAGGUGGAGGAGUACUGUGAGAGGGUCUGGUGCUCAGGGAAGAGACGCAGGAAGACUAAACGCAGAUACACCCAGCCAAUGGAAGUAGGAGAGAGGAAGGGGAGGGGGAAAGGAGACCCACACCGAGCCCCCAGACACACCUUGGACAACUGAGGGGAGAGAGAGUGAGAGGGUAGAGACUGUACAACACACACACACACACACACACACACACACACACACACUGGGACAGGUUUUUUUCAGUAGAGAAUACUACAACCAACAAAGCUAAAACGUGGCACUGUCUUCUCUUAGACUUGAAAAUAUUGUCAUAUUCCUUCUAAUAACCAGACUUUGUUAUAUUGUGUUUUUCCUUCCAUGAGUUCUGGUGGAAACCUUGCCACUGGUAGAUAUGCAGAGUGUGUUUGUCCCUGAGUGUCCGUCAGAUCGAAGGCAUGUAGAACAGACUAAUUGUUUGGAACGACGUGGCCUCUGACUUUAAGACCACAGAACUGACAGCAGGCCUCUCUGAGCGGACAAAGGAUUCACAGCCAUGCCAGAUGAACACACAGAUAACAGACAUUCAAACAGAUUCAUUAGAAAUAAAACAUGUGUAUGUUUCUAGAGAUACUCUUGAGCUGCUCGUGUUAAAAACCACUGAUUAGAAAAUACAUCAAGCGUACGCACAUCAACAAGUAGUGUUUCUUUCUAAUGUGUCUUACUGUAAUUACAUGAUUAUUAGUAUAGGUAUCUGUUUUGAGUUUAGUAGUGCUUUUGAUUUUAUUCAACUGGAAACAGUGCUGUGAUAUUGUUUUACUGUAUAAUUAAAUGUUAACUUUCAUGACGAUGUAGGCGAGUAUUAUCUACCAUACUUUGUCAGAUCGUAUGGUUUAACUUGUGAUUUCAUGUGGUUUCACAUGAGAAUUAGAAUUCUAGGUAAGUUGACAUCAUUGAAUGAUUACAUUAAUGCAAAAUUCUGUGUGUGCGGCUCAGAGAAUAUUCAACAAAGAAUACCACUGAACAAUAUAAACAGUUUGGAGAAUCUACUGUUGAUGAUGGAACAUGGAUUCUAUCAAAUGGAAUAGAUGUAACCCCGCAAUAAAAGUUAUAGAUACUUCAUCUGAGUCUUUAGAUAUGAAAUCAUAUCCAAAGUGUAUCUCAACAGAUGCAUUUCCCCUUCAAUAAAUGUCCAACUUAAAUGUGAAGUGUCUUCAACUGGUAAUUAUAAAGAGUUGAUUAAUGAAUAUUCAUAUCAGCUCCUGCAUGGCUGUCUAUUUCUCUCUCUUCCCCCCUCUCUUCCCCUCUCUCUCUGUCACCGGGGUCAGUAAUGAUGGAAGAGAUGGAGUUCAUAAUAACCAGAACAGAAGCCAAUCUACGUCACCACAUUUUCCCUCUGGAAUAAGGAAGAGCGCCACAGUGACCAUUCAAGCAUGUCAUUGGCUAGGAGCCUGUCUCAUUAAUAUUCAAACUCAUCUGAGGAAUUAAUCUGUUACACAUUCUGACAAUGUAACGUUCAUCAAGGUGUUUUUGUUGAGUAAGAGUUUUGGCCUAAAUAGAAACUGUGUGUGUGUGUGACAUUACUGUGUGUGUGUGUGUGUACCUGACAUUAAAAAAUGUGUAUGC